UUCUCACUCUUCUAAAACCUAUACUUACUUGCUUUUUUUCCUUCAUUCAAGAAACAUGAACCAAGAAGAGAAAGUUACCAUGGACUUGAUUCCAGCUACUGAUCAACACCUUUGUUAUGUUCGUUGCAACUUCUGUAACACUGUUCUCGCUGUUGGAAUACCAUGCAAGAGGCUGUUAGAUACUGUGACAGUGAAGUGUGGUCACUGCAGCAACCUCUCUUUUCUCACUACAAGACCACCAAAUUCCAAAACUCCAACUGUUGAUCAUACCCUAACACUCCAGGGGAUUUACAGUAGCAAAAAGGGUCAUCCAUCAUCAUCUUCAUCUUCUUCACCAACUACUUCAACUGACUCAUUGUCUCCUAGACCACCACCAUUUGUUGUCAAACCUCCUGAGAAGAAACAUCGUCUCCCUUCUGCUUACAACCGUUUCAUGAAAGAAGAGAUACAGCGCAUCAAAGCAGCCAAUCCUCAGAUCCCACAUCGAGAAGCUUUCAGUGCUGCUGCCAAAAAUUGGGCUAGGUUUGUCCCAAAUUCACCAACCAGUUCACUUUCUGCAACUAAAAGGAGCCUUGGAUGAAAGGGCUAUGGCAUGAAUGAAGAUUUGGAGUUAACUGAAGCAAGACAUCUAGUUUGUUUUAAAUAAAUUAUUAUAAAUAUUUCUAAUUUGUAAUAUUGCUGUCUUCUAAUUAGCUUCAGGAUUGAGGAUCUUAUGCUAUGUUAUAUUAU